AUGGGAAACUGUUGCAAACCAGCAUCAUCAAUGGAAUGGGGUGGAGAGGAUUGGGAAUCUUUGAAGGUGUUUGACGAAGCUUCUCAUCUUGAUCAUCAUCAGAAUAAGGAGAAUGGUGUAUUGGAAAAGCUUAGAGAUUCUUGUGAUGCAAAUGGAAAGGUGACGUUGAAGAUUUCAAAGAGCGAGUUAGCUGAAUUAUUAGAUGCGAUACAACAAAAUAAUAAUAAUAAUAAUAACAAUAAUAACAACGAUCAUCAACAGCCUCAACAUCAUAUAAAGAAGAUGAAGAAGAAGAAGGAAUUCGGUUCUGCAGAACAAAUUCUUUAUCGGUUAAUAAAAGCUAGAGAUCAUGAAAUUGAAAGAAAUCAUCACUGGAAACCGGUGCUAGAAACUAUUCCUGAAUGUUAA